AUGUAAAGCAGCCACUGUGGGUAUGGAGGAGAAAGAAGCUUAACAAAUGUCUCCCCCAAAUUACUGAAUAAUAUAAGCAUAAAUAAAUCUCAUAAUAAAGAGAGAAAAGAGCAUGAAGAGAAUAGCGAUGAGUGGAGUCAAAAUUCAUAUAUAAAACUACAGCAUAUUCUUUAAUAUAUAAAAAGGCUAAAAGAUUAGAGGCGUGCUCAUAAUUUAGUUAUGAACUUACCUUCAAGAAUGUUAAGAAGUUUUGAUAAAAAUAAAUUUGAUCUGCUAAACGAUAAAGCUUUUCACUAUGAUGAGCAGACAUACUUAUAACUAAUAAACCAACAUAAUAUCAAUAAUAAUAAUUUAUAAAAUAAUAGUAGCUUAACACAAGAGCCUAAGAAUUAAGACAAAAAUAGGUAAAGUUAAAGCUUAACUUCAUCUAUUUUUAGGUAUAAUAAUAACUAUUUUGAGUAGGAUUCUGUUGUUGAUGACAAAAAUAAUUAAUAGACUAACAGUAUCAGGAAGUAGAUACACUAAAAAUAAGUUUAGUAUUUCAAAAAUAUUUUUAUAACAAUCACCUCGUACAUCUUUAAAAUACUUGAGUAAAUUCCAGUAAUACUGCCUUCAAGCCCUUUGAAGUUUAUUUGGGAUUUGAUUUUCAUGAUUUUAUUAAUUAUUUGCCUAUUUUAUUUACCAAUUACCAUUUCAUUUGGAUUCAUAUUCUCUGAUUUGAUUUCUUAAAGCUAUUUGAUAACUAUUCCUACUUUGAUAUUAUUAAACACAUUCUUCUAAAUUAAUACUGGAUACUAUAAAAAAGGAUAAGUAAUAAUUAGUAGAUUUAAAAUUAUUAAAAAAUAUGUAAAAAAAACACUCAUCCAAGACUUUAUUUGUGUUUUCCCACUUACAUUCACACUUUAUCAUUAAGCUAAUAAAUACUAACAGCAAUAGUAAUAAGAUAUUGAUGAAAAUAAUUCAUACUAUUAGCUUCUCCUUUUGCCUUUUAUUUUCAAAGUUUUUUCUAUAAAUGCAACUUUAAAAAAUUUUGAAGAAAGAUUUAACUUACCUAAAUUCUUGCUUAAUAUGAUUUAACUGACCAAACUUUUAUUUACAAUAAUUUUUAUUAAUCACUUAUUUGCUUGCCUCUGGCUUUAUAUAGCUCGUAUAGAGAGAAAGUAUGGCGUAGAUUAAGUUUGGGUAAGCUAUGACAAUGUUUAAAAUGCUAAUUGGACAAGGCAAUAUGUAGCUGGUUUCUAUUUUAUGACUUUAACUAUGAUAACCGUUGGUUAUGGAGAUUUCCUACCAAAGAAUUAACAAGAAUAAAUUCUCAGUGUUAUAACUAUGAUGAUAUCAUGUGGUGUUUUUGCCUAUACUUUAAAUGAAGUAGGAUCAAUAUUCAAUAAUUUUUUCUAAGUUGAUAGAGAAAUUAAAAGAAAAUAAAUUCUAAUUUAGAAAUUCAUGAGUACAAAAAAUAUAAACAAAAAAUUGUAAUAUCAAAUAAGGGAGUAUUUAGAAUAUUGUUGGAGAGAGUAGGCAGAGACUGAUUAUGAAGAAAAGUAGAUGAUAAUUGAUUAAUUAAGUGAUUCACUUAGAUAAAAGCUACUCUUUGAAGCAAACAAAAUUGUUCUGAGAGAUAAUCCAACAUUUAAGCAGAAUUUUUCAAAAAGUGUUAUUGAAAAAACUGUGCCUUUAAUUCUAGAAAUGAAAUAUUCCCCUGAGAGUAUAAUUUUCUAAAAAGGAGAAUUGGAUGAUUGCUCCAUUUAUUUUAUAGAAAAAGGAUCAAUUGAAGUAGUGCUGAAUCCUAAGGGAAACAACCAAGCAUAGUUAUUAAAGCUGAGCAAAGGUGAGUCGUUUGGAUCUCAUUGCUUUUUUACUGGUCUUCCAAGGAUUAACACUGUUAGAUCGUGUGAAUUUACAACUGUUUUAAAGAUAAGGAGACAAGAUUUCUUGUAAUUGCUAUCCUGCUAUCCAGAAGACUAUGAAACUUUUUGUUUCAUCCGUGAUCAAAUAAAUUUUUUGAAUGACUAUUCAAAAAUUGGAUAUGCUUGCAAGAGUUGUAGCUCUAGCUAUCACUUGGUAAAUGAUUGUUAGUAUCUUCAUUAUAUAGCAAAUAAAGCUAAAGUAAUUAAAAUGUAUAACGACGAGAAUAAUAUUAAAUAAACUGAAAGAGUUCCUUAUUAACGAAGAAAUCCUAAUAUAAAUUAUCACUACAAGAAUUCAUUAACCAUUUAGAAUGAUGUAUUCAAGCAAAAUUUAAUCUUCUUGGAAUAAAAUGAAAGUUUACUAAAUUUUAGUGAGGAUGAUAAUGAAUUUUCAGACGGAUACUUUAGCUAAGAGAGUUUAAGAGGAUAAUAAAAUAUGUAAAGUUAUGCUCACACUGAUGGAGCUAAUUUCAAAAAGAACAUCUUUCUGAUCUCUGAACAAUCUACACUUAAGGAAUAAGAAAACGAUAGUAAUUUUAAGUAUCCACUUACUAAAAAGAACACGAUAUCAAAGUUUGGAUAAGAUUACAAUCAUAUUGUUAGCAAAAGUUUAAAUACAAUAGACAAAAACUUAGAUAGCGCCCUUGAAAAUAUAGCUUUAUAGAAUGAUGAUUUAUCAUUAAAUAUUCCAGAUAUUACCUUAUAAUAAUAGAACAUUUAAAUGCAUACAUCUUAUCUUGACUAAGAUGUUACAAGUAAAAAGAAUGUAAUAACAUCUCCUUCGAAAAAAAAUUUUGAUAUCUAAUUCAAUACAAUAAAUAGAAUGAGAACAAACACAGCUGAUAGAAGUGAAUUUAAUUUUGAUUAAAAUACUUCAUUUAAUUAAGCUUAUUAAAGCUUUUCUUCUGAAGUAAAUAGCAGGUAAGUUUUGUAGACUAAACUAUAGGCGAAUGAAGAUGCGCUUGCUAAAAAAUCUAAGUCAAUUUCUUUAUAAAAGUAAAAGAGUUAAAAAAAUCACAGUUAAAUAAGCUUAAUUGAGUUUGAUAAGGCCCUUUCAUUAGAAAAUAAAUUAAAAAAAAACCUUACUGAAUAAAUUAGUUCGGUUUUAAAACAAAUUCAAAUACUUGUAAGUCAAAAUUAGCAAAACUAAAUUAAUGAGAAGAAAAAAGCAUAAUAGAUCGAAAAUGAUAUUGGCUAGUUUGACAUCUUCUUAAAUUUUGAUAAAAUGCGUUAGUUCAUUAAAUAUAACCCUAGAUACAAUUUUUCUAGUGUAAUCAGUAGAUUCAACUAGUUUCAGGAUUUGAAAAAUAAAAGAAUUAGAACCAAAAAAUCUGUUAGAAUUAAAAGGUUAACUACAUAAGCAUUGAUAAAGACACAAUAAAAUACUUAAUUAGAUUCAAAAAAGCUUCAAAAAAAUGCAUCAAGUAAUAAGCAAUUUACAAAUAAUUUUUAUGAAUAUUCAGAAUCAAAACUAGAUUCUAAAAAAGUUCAUACACAUUCUGUUAAGUAAGAGUCUAAUCUAGAUCCUACCUCUUAAGAUAUAGAAAACUUAAAGUUGAAGAAUAUUUUGAUAGCAAAUAACUACUGUAGUGAUAGUAAGCUUUAAUUAGAAAGCAUAGAUUAAGCUAUAUCAUAAAUUAUUGAAGGGAUAAACAAAAAAUCUUAAUUAAACGCUUUUAGCAUAUAUCCGAGUAAGAAUGAAUUGAAUUUAGAUUCAAAUAAUAACAGCGAUAUUAUGAGUGAAUCUAGCUUUUAAAGUAAAUUUGGAAUUAAGAAAUUUCAAUAACAACAAAUAGGUCUUUUUGAACGGCUCAAAAAAGAUUAUUGA